AUGGAAGACCUCACCAACUUCUUGACGUUCAUUGGUCCAGAGGUAGAAGAUGCCGACGAGGAGUCCUUCUUCCUCUUCUCCCAGGACAUCCCCUCCUCCAACCUGGGCUUCGUCGACUCCCGCGCCCCGUCCCUCGACGUCUCCAUCCACGGACAGGACUAUGUCGUUCGUCAGUCUCCAACGCUGCUUUCUUCUUCUAGAGCGGGUGGGACAACCGGUGCCGGUAUGUAA